GUAUGUGUGUGUGUGUGUGUGUGUGUGUGUGUGUGUAUGUGAUAAUUCGUUGGAGCCGCAUCAACAUCAACAUCACAUCGCUUUUACAUCAUCAUCAUCAUCGUCAGCAGCAGCAGUAGCAGCAGCAAUAAUAUCAUCACUAUCAUCAUCGCCGUCGCUGCUGCUGUCGUGAUUACAUCGUUCCCCGUUUCUCUUCUUAAACUUCCUUGUCCCCUUCCCCCUCCCCCUAUUCCUCUUUCCGCCGUGCACGGAUCGACCAUCAGCACACCGGAGCACCGGAGAGUGCCCUCCUGGUUUUUGCGUUGUGGACCACGCGCACGACUGGUGUCAGUGUCAGGUGAGGUUACGCGUGGUGCAAUCGUCGGGCCCCGACUUGAGAUGCCGUGGCUGCUCGAACUACGGACACGCGAUUAGUUAGGGAGGUAACGUCAGUGAGUGACGACGUCACGAUGCGCAUGUCGCCGCCGCUGGGGUUAGUGCUCGUGGCAGCAGUCACGCUGUUAGCAAGUGCGAAUGCUAACGCGGAGACGCGCUUACGCAUCGACUCGGACACGGCUACCUCGUCGUCGACGACGCCGACGUCAUCGUUAUCAUCGUCGUCGUCCUCGACGACGACGACGACGUCGUCGUAUCGCUCCGGAACGAAACACGAUCAGAUGAUCGCUGGGAUGGAAGCUACCCUUCUCUCGCUCUUGGGCUUCAACAAGAGACCGAACCCGCAGGGCCAGCCAUACGUCCCGGAAUCGCUCAGGAAGCUCCACGCUCGUCAAAACAGCCUCGGCACCGCGGACAUCGCGAAGCCGGGCAUUCACGCGCGAUCGGCUAAUACCGUCCGUUCAUUCCCUCACAUCGAAAGCGAUCUGGACCGCAAGUUUCAAUCUCCAAAUCGUUUUCGAUUAUCCUUCGACCUGAGCAGGAUACCUAACGGCGAAACGUUGCAGGCAGCGGAAUUAAGUCUGACGCGCGUCGCAGUGCCCGAUACCGAGGGCGAGUAUAAGCGUGGCCGAGUGCUGGUGUACGACAUAAUACGGCCCGGCGUGAGGGGUCGCAGUAAGCCGAUAUUGCGGCUGAUCGACAGCAAGGUGAUCGACGCGACGAAGAACGCCACGGUCAAUCUGGACGUGCAACCAGCCGUGGUGAGAUGGAUGGAGAAUCAUCAGGAUAAUCACGGGCUGUUGGUGCACGUGACCGUUGCGCUCACCCGCACACGAGAACACGUGCGGCUCAGGCGGGCAGCCGACGAGCACAAGGACGCGUGGGUGGUGAGCCGGCCGAUGCUCUACACGUACACGGACGACGGCCGUUACGAGAUGGCAUCCGCGGAUCAGAUAAUGGACCGGCGGGCCAGGCGGGCCGCCCUGCGGAAGAACCGGCGGAAGGACGGCCGCGAGAAUUGCCGGCGGCAUCCGCUCUACGUGGACUUCGCGGACGUCGGCUGGAACGAUUGGAUCGUCGCGCCGCCCGGAUACGACGCCUUCUACUGCCACGGUGAUUGCCCGUUUCCUCUGGCGGACCAUCUGAACUCGACGAAUCACGCGAUCGUGCAAACGCUCGUUUACUCGACCAAGCCGAGUAUGGUGCCGAAGGCAUGUUGCGUGCCGACCGCGCUCAGCUCGAUAUCGAUGCUUUAUCUCGACGAGGAGAAUAAAGUAGUGCUGAAGAAUUAUCAAGAUAUGGCGGUCCUCGGAUGCGGCUGCCGUUGAGUUGCUUUUGAUUAUUACGGUCUCUCUUUUGAUCAAUGGCACGUGAGAUAUGUCGUAUUCGACUCGAGGAAUCGAUCGCCGUAAAAUGACACGGUGGAACGGGAGGAAACGAAAAGAGAUAAAGAGAUAUUUCAUUCACCUGCAGAUUGAUUCAUGUUUUCUAUGCGCUUGCCACUACUUUUGCCAAUGUAUUAAAUAAGAAUGAAUACAGACAGUAUAAAUUGUUUAUACUUAAAAAAAAAAGAAAAAAAAUUCACCAUCAGUGCACGAUAAAUACGGUAAUCUGUUGCUAGAUGUGACAAACGAUAAUAAAGUAAAAGUAAACGCGAAAUAACGUUAUAUUUCUGUUAAAUGAUGACGCGAAUGAAAUUGAGAAAAGUUUAUUGUUAUAUCGAGAAAGAUUUCUUGUAGGAUUCUGGUUUCCGCGAAGUUUUUGCAUGAAUUGAAAAUUAUCCUUAAAUAUAAAAAUAAUUGAUCUAUUUUAAGGGAUCAUUGAACCGAGUAUUCUAAGAUCUUGUCUAGAAUAUCUACUCUAUUCACUCAUCUUUUUUAAUUAAAAGCGAUUAUAAUAAUCAUGUUUAUUUCAACCUGAUUCCGUUAAUAAUUAUGUGAUACAAACUCUCUAUUUUGAGACAACUGUUCUCUUGUCUAUGCUGAAAUUUUUCUUUUUCUCUCGCAUUACAUAUUUAUCACGAGACGUAUGAGUAUGAAAUGCUUAAUGAAAGUGACGAUUGAAGAGAGAUUUCAGCAUAGAAGAGUGAUUUAGUUCCAGAAUAGAGAGAUUCUGCUCAAGAAAAAGAUUCUA